GACUUAAUGGAAGUGAAUUAGAGGUUUCUGAGACUCUGGAUUCUUAUAGCCUGUUAGGGACAUAAUGACAUCGUGUAAUCAGUUAUGACUAGAUUUUAUCCUUUCCCAGAUGAAAGGUAUCAGAAAGCAAGUUUCUUUUUGUGGUUGGUUUUACACUUUUCAUAAUUCUUGUCUAUGUCUAUCAUCUUAUUUCUCGAUCAAAAUGCUCUACAUAAAAUUCUCUACUUUAGCUCUUGGUUUUAAGGACAUUUGGAUUUCUGUACAUGUAUGUUUAUUUCACUAUUUGAAUAGACUGUGCAGCCUUUUCUUUGUGCAAAUGAUUUUACACUUCCUAUUGUGUUGACUUCUACCUGACUCUCAGAUGUGACUUUGUGAUAUCUUCUAAAUUUUAAUUGUUUUUACAAAUUAUAAUUGGCAUUUGAGAUCCUUUAUAUCAUCUAACACUGUAUUUGGCAACUAAUCACUUCAAUCACUAUCAAUAAGGUCCAUGAUUUUGCUUUUAGAGCCCAAAAGGAUGAACAAUAGAUUUAAUUAAACAAUUUACAUGUUUGAAUGAGAGACUAGAACUCAAAAGAGCUUUUCUUAAGCAGAGCCUAGGCAGAAAAGAAUCCUAAGCAUAACUUCAAAAGCAGAACUCUCCCUAAACCCUGAAUGAACGAUACUGACAUUGCAAUGCAUUAUGGGAUGACAUAAUACAAGCUGUACAAGAGAUAAAGAAGAGAGAGAUUGCUAUUUGCAUAUGAUAAUGGUUGAAAACCAUAGUAUGUAGGUAUAGAAAUAAAUAAUGAUGGUGGGAACAGGUUAUAUAAAUAUUAAUAAAGAGAAAUAUAUAUAAUAUUUUCUCCCCAUGAGGGAUGUUCAACUAAAUUCUAUUUUAGAAAUACUUUACACAUUUACAAUUCAUGAAAUUACUUAAGGAAACUACUUCAUAAAUAUAUUUACUGAUUUCUUUCAUCUAGCAUGAAAAAGUUUAUUUUUGAUCAGUAAAUUUCUGGGCACCUAGCUUCCCUAGGCAUAGUGAUGUACAGCAGUCUGUAACAUCAGGAUCUGAAAUUUAGGAAUAUGGAUGAUCCUGAGUUACAGAACAAAGUGAUUUUCGAAUUUAAUAUUUGUGAUUGUGUAACUGAUCACUUUUAAUUGCCACUCCAUUUUCAUCAGUAAUUUAAAGUUAUGUGGACAGUUUUCUCAGGCACAAGAGAACUAUCAUUAUGGCAUUUCGUAGUUUCAGAGCUCAGUCCUCUAAUAGUAUCUCCAGGAAGAGAAAGGUGGUUUUCUGUUUCAACAAUGAUAAAAUUCAGAGAGUAAAGUAAGAUUUUGCAAGUCAAUGGCUCAAUGACUAUUCGACGGAUAUGUACUUACUCUUUGGGCCGCCUGAUGUCGCUCUUGGCCGUCUUAUUCGUUCUGAUUCAAGACAAGCACAGCCAUCCCUUUCCCAGGAGAAAGGACGCUCCAUUCUUUUUUACUCCGGUGAGCAAUGGUGAACACGGGAGGGUGAAACUGAGAAUCAGAUGGCUUCUCUUCGUUCGGAGGCAAUUUAAGCGAAUCGGAAAUACCAAGCUCCUGAAAUGCUGUAUUUAGGCGGAGUAGUCCCGGAGGGCUGGCAUCCAGUCCUUUCGCUACUGUUCCUCACAGUUUGGGAGGUGGGGAGCGGCCAGCUCCACUACUCCGUCCCCGAGGAGGCUAAACACGGAACCUUCGUGGGCCGCAUCGCCCAGGAUCUUGAACUGCAGCUGCCGGAGUUGGUGCCUGGUCUGUUUCAGUUGGAUUCCAAGGGCUUUGGGGACCUUCUGGAGGUAAACCUGCAGAAUGGCAUUUUGUUUGUGAAUUCUCGGAUCGACCGGGAGGAGCUGUGCGGGUGGAGCGCGGAGUGUAGCAUCCAUUUGGAGGUGAUCGUGGACCGGCCGCUGCAGGUUUUCCACGUGGAGGUUGAGGUGAGGGACAUUAACGACAACCCGCCCGUGUUCCCAACCACACAAAAGACUCUGUUUAUCCCGGAGUCCAGACUGCCUGACUCGCGAUUCCCACUAGAGGGCGCGUCAGACGCAGAUGUCGGUUCCAAUGCUCUGCUGACUUACAGACUGAGCACCAAUGAGCAUUUCUCUCUGGAUGUUCCACCCAAGCACGAACAGGUGAAAUCUCUUGGGCUUGUUUUGCGGAAACCAUUAGACAGAGAAGAAGCUGCGGAGAUGCGCUUAUUGCUCACGGCCACCGACGGAGGCAAACCGGAGCUGACCGGCACCGUUCAGUUACUCAUCAUAGUGCUAGAUGUCAAUGAUAAUGCUCCAGUUUUUGACAGGUCUCUCUAUACCGUGAAGUUACCAGAGAACGUUCCAAAUGGGACGUUGGUAAUCAAAGUCAAUGCCUCAGAUUUAGAUGAAGGCGUGAAUGGGGAUGUUAUGUACUCAUUUUCUAGUGACAUUUCUCCAGAUAUAAAAUCCAAGUUUCACAUGGAUGCUGUGAGCGGAGAAAUUACAGCUAUAGGAGUUAUUGAUUACGAAGAAAGUAAAGCUUACAAGAUUCCAUUAGAGGCACGUGAUAAAGGCUCCCCACCACUGAUUGGUCACUGUACAGUUCUUGUGGAAGUUGUAGAUGCUAACGACAAUGCUCCACAGCUGAAUGUCAAAACGCUCUGGCUCCCUGUUAAAGAAGACGCACAGCUGGGGAAAGUUAUCGCCUUGAUCAGCGUGACUGAUCUAGAUGCAGGUGUCAACGGGCAGGUGACCUGCUCCCUGACUCCUCACGUCCCUUUUAAGCUGGUGUCCACCUUCAAGAAUUACUAUUCGCUUGUGUUGGAUAACACCCUGGACCGAGAGACCACAGCUGACUACACGGUAGUUGUGACAGCCCGGGACGGUGGCUCGCCCUCGCUGUGGGCCACAGCCACCGUGUCCGUGGAGGUGGCUGACGUCAACGACAAUGCGCCCACGUUCGCGCAGCCCGAAUACACAGUGUUCGUGAAGGAGAACAACCCGCCUGGCGCGCACAUCUUCACGGUGUCGGCCAUGGACGCUGACGCGCAGGAGAACGCGCUGGUGUCCUACUCGCUGGUGGAGAGGAGGGUGGGCGAGCGCUUGCUGUCCAGCUAUGUGUCUGUGCACGCGGAGAGUGGCAAGGUGUUCGCGCUGCAGCCUCUGGACCAUGAGGAGCUGGAGCUGCUGCAGUUCCAGGUGAGCGCGAGGGAUGCUGGUGUGCCUUCCCUGGGCAGCAAUGUGACUCUGCAGGUGUUUGUGCUGGAUGAGAACGAUAAUGCUCCGGUGUUGCUUGGGUCUGGGACAGGCGGUGCAGAUGGAGUGUUCAAUCAGUUGUUGCCCAGGUCUGUGGAUCCUGGUCACGUGGUGGCAAAGGUGCGCGCUGUAGACCCGGACUCUGGUUACAAUGCUUGGCUGUCUUAUGAGCUGCAGUCGUGGCCCGGCAGUACACGCAGCCCAUUCCGUGUAGGCCUGUACACUGGAGAGAUCAGCACCACUAGGGCCCUGGAGGAGGCAGAUGGGACUAGACAGCGCCUGCUGGUGCUGGUGAAGGACCACGGUGAGCCUCAGCUGACUGCCACAGUCACCGUGCUGGUGUCUCUAGUGGAAAAUGGCCAGGCACCAAAGGUCUCGUCACGGUCCUCUGUAGGUGCUACAGUGCCAGAUUCAUCUUUAGUGGAUGUCAAUGUGUAUCUGAUCAUCGCCAUCUGCGCCGUGUCCAGCCUGUUGGUGCUCACGCUGCUGCUGUACACCGCGUUGCGCUGCUCGACUGCGCCCAUGGGGGGCGCUUGUGGGCCGGGGAAGCCGGUGCUGGUGUGCUCCAGCGCGGUGGGGACCUGGUCAUACUCUCAGCAGAGGCGGCAGAGGGUGUGCUCUGGAGAGGGUCCGCCCAAGACCGACCUCAUGGCCUUCAGCCCGGGUCUACCUCCAUGUCCUGGAUCUACAGAUGGAUCUGGAGAACCAUCUGUUUCUUUGGACUCUUAUGAAAAGGUGAGUUGUUGUAAAACUGCAUUUAUUCAUGUAGUUAUUUCUUUAUGGAAGAAUUUCUUGCUUUGUUAGUAUAUUUAAAUACUGUUUUUCCUUCUCUACAAUUCAACCAGAGUUUUUAAAAUUGCAGAUAUCUAAAUUAGGACAAGAUUUGUGUUUGCACAUUCCUAUUAGAAGUAGCUGCACAUCCAUUAACUGUUGACAUAAUUUUAUUUUAAAACCAUAAUGUGUGAAUCAAAUUGCUAAUGCGGAGCUUCUAUAACACUUGAAAACUAUUUGUUGUGAAAAACAAAACCCAAAAAACCAACCAACCAACCAACCAACCAACCAAUAAAAACAACCCACAAUGGCUUAGUAGUCAGUCAUUCAGUUAACAUGGAUAUAACAUUUCAGCUGUUCUCUGGAUGGAGACAUGUAACAACCAGGGAGUCAUAGAAAACCUCUUUUCUACUUAGAAACUCGAUUCUAGGCUGGCCAUGGUGGUGCACCCCUUUAAUCCUAGCAAAGAGGCAGGGGCAGGUGUAUCUUUGUGAGUU